AAAAAUCUUAUAUUUGACACAUGGCGGGAAAUAAAGUUACAUCAAAUUAUUGAAAUAUGUCAGAAAUUGACGAUUUAGAUGUACAACAAAGAUUAAAGAAUGCAUUAAAACGAAGUCGAUUAACAACUUUAAAGUCCAUCCUGUAUUUAACUGAACCGGUUGGUAAUCUUGGGGCAGAAGAUAUUCAAACAAUUAAGAUUGCAGCUGCUAAAAAACUGAGUGUUUUGAAACCUGUAACAGCUCUAGAAUUACGCAAUUCUCCAAGGGAAAAUCAAAGACUUACAACUGGAUGUGGUGUGCUUGAUCAAGCAUUGAGAGGUGGUCUCCUGUGCAGGGGUAUUACAGAGAUAUCUGGAGAAAGCUCUAGUGGGAAGACCCAGUUUGCUCUGCAGCUCUCACUCACAGCACAACUGGCUCCACGUUAUGGGGGCCUUGAUGCAGGUACACUGUACAUCUGCACCGAGGAUGCCUUUCCAAGCAAGAGGCUGUAUCAGAUGAUUGAAAACUUCACAAGCCGGCAUGGGAAGAAGCUGUGUACCCAUGGUAACCUAGGGGACAAGAUCUUCAUAGAGCAUGUGCCAGACUUUGAUGGCUUGAUGCACUGUAUAACCCACAAAGCUCCAGUGUUGCUGAAAUCUGGGGCCGUCAAGUUGAUUGUGGUUGACUCUGUAGCGGCCCAUUUCCGUAGUGACUAUGAGGGACACGAGAUGUACAAGCGGGCCCAGCACAUCGGGGCUCUUGGUACCCUGCUUUACACUCACAGUCAUGAAUACAACAUUCCUGUUGUCUGUAUUAACCAGGUGACCAGUUCCAUGAAACCUGAAGGUCGUCAGCUGAUCCCCUCCCUGGGGCUGUCCUGGUCAAGCCAGGUGACCAUACGCAUCAUGCUGACCCGGACUGACCGCUCACUGACCAUCCAGCAGGAUAGUGCCCGUGGCCCCUUGGAAACCGUUGUCAGGGAGAUGGAGAUAGUUUACGCCCCACACUUACCUCCAUUGACUGUGCCUUAUGUUAUUGACCAUGAGGGCAUGAAAGGAUUUGCAUGAUAAUAUUUAACUUUACAAGAGUUAAAUGGACAAGUUUUUCAAUGUAUAUACAUAAUGUGACACAAUCAUGCUAAAAAUACCUUCAGUAAUAUACCGUAUCAAUUUCUGUGACAUAUUUUUAUGCUACACCUUUGCCUAUUGCUAAGGUAUUCUAAUAUUCUGUUCAUUGCUUUGUUAACUCCUAAAUAACAGUAUCAGGAACAAGCCCACAGACUUUUUGAGUAAAGCAGGUCAACCAAUGAUCAUGGAAUGUUUGGGUUAUCUGAUUUAAGUUACAUUGUAAUUUUAUUGUAACAUUUACUUUUGCACAACAUAAUCCACACAUUUUUGGGUCUACCUACAUUGGCUUGUUUUAGUUAACUUUGUUUUAUCCUUAGCAGGUGCAUUCACCAAGGUUGACCAUUUUUCAUUGAAUCUUUACCAAACUUGGACAUAAUGUACAGUUUAUUGGCAAGAUAUCUCUCAUAAGUUUGAUAACCGCCCUGAUUGCUUCGAGUAUUAGCCAUGUAAUAUUCAAAAUUUGACCAAAGUGACCGUGUUCACUUUUCUUUAUCAAUUUUAGUUACAAUGUUUUAAGCAUUAUAUCUCAUAAUCUGUAAUGACCUUUUAAUAACCAAACUGAUCCCUAAUAGUAAAAAAUAAUUUUUUAGAGUAAUGGCCCUUUACUUUUCACAAGUUGACCAAGGUGACUGUCCGCUCUCAAUUGUUAUUCCAAUCCAUCCAAAACAUGGUUACACAUUUAUGGAAAAAAUAUAUCAAGUGAGUUUGACAACCCGCCUUAAACAUGUAUGGUUGUCAUGCUUUGGGAUGAUCCUUUCUUCGAUAAUAAUUGUUGGACUUAAGAAAAACAUGUUCCACUUUAAUGGUUGAAAUUAUUUUUAAAGCUUAGUGUAAAUGAAGAAUAAUCCUUGUUAUGUUAUUUUUGAGAGAUGUUAUUUUGUUACGGACUGUUUAUAUGUAUGAUGCAUUCCUUAAAAGGGGGGCAUAAUAAAUGAAAUAAAUUUGA